UCGGGCACCACAAAAAUGGCGUCCAAAACUCGUCGCUGUGUCUAGGAAAUUGUCCGUUGAUUUUUCAUCAAUUGGUCGACUUUGCACCGCAAGUUGUUGGUCUUUGAGUGAUUGGAUCAUGUGUAUACCUCAGUGUACCAUCAGACACUUUAUAGUGUAAAUUCUGGGUUGCUGCCUGACUUUCCUUUGCAGUCAUGGAAAGUACCCAGCUCCAGAUGUCCAACAAAAAGGGCACGGCCCCGCUGCACAACUCGGCCGCUUCGCCCCAGGCAGGCCAGGCAGUCCCCAACCCCAGCCUGCAGCAGCUCAAGACCCCUAUCUCCCAGAGCCCUGCCCCAACUAACCACGCCCACCGCCACGGCCCCAUGUCCACGCCGUCGCCCCAGAUGCCACAGAGCCCCGAUCCCGUUCAUGACCUCCCCCAUGAGCUCCUGCAGGCAGGCUGGCGACAGUUCUGGAGCAAGCGAGAGCAGCGCAACUAUUACUUCAACAAGUUCACGCAGCAGUCCUUGUGGGAGAUGCCUACACUAGGAGACAGGGGAACAUCAAGGCACGACCCUCUUGGCAUCCAGACAGACCACAGCGGGGCACACCCACACCCAGGCUUGCCUUCCCCGCUGGUCAUGAUGCAACGGAAACACUCGAUAGAGGAGUCCCCAGUCAGCCCGACCAUCAAAAUGAAUGACCUCAAAGGUCCAUUCUGGGACUUUACGGUAAACACCAAUGCCAUCAUCUUUGAGAGGUACCCCAGCAGGCUUCCCCCACCCCACAACGACAUCGAGCAGCUAAGGAGCAACCUGGUGAAGGAACUACGCUCCCGAUACAACGAGCUCUGUCAGCAGCGGGAAGGAAUCCGUGCCCCGAAGGAGUCUUUCAACCGUUGGCUGCUGGAGAGAAAGGUCAUCGACAAGGGAUGCGAUCCCAUGUUGCCUAGCAACUGUUCUCCAGAGGUGUCUCCCUCCAUGAAGCGGGAGAUAAUGAGUGACAUCCCCAUCAGGUUGCACAGACCCAAGAUGUUUAUGGAGGCCAAGAAAUUGCUGUACAACUACGCAGAGGCUGCCAAGAAGUUGAUAGAAUCUAGGAGAGCCACCCCAGAGAGUCGUAAGAUCAUCAAGUGGAACGUGGACGAGAUGUUCCGAUGGCUGAGAACGGGGCCCAACUGUACCAUUGACGAAUUCAUGAAACGCCUGGCCCACCUCAAGGAGCAGUGCGGGCCCCAUCUCAGCGCCGCCGUCUCCUCCUCCGUGGAAGGCAUCUGUACCAAGAUGUACCACAUGUCCUGCGAGAUUGUCAAGAAGCUACGAGACAAGCAUUGGGAACUGCUGAAGGAACAUCAGAUUGAAGAGCCCAAGCCCUUCACAAGGCCACCCCAGGACAAGAAGAUGCCCUGCUAUGCCGUCUUUGCCAUCGUGCCCAGCCCCAGGCUGCCCUCGGUGGACAUUCACGAAGAGGGGCCCACCACGUGCCUUCGCUACAAUGGCGAAAUGAUGAAGAUCAACACAGCCUAUCUCAGAAAACUGGAAUUGUUGUACAGAUUGCAUGCCACCGAUGACAGACUCCGAUAUAACUUCUUGCCAAGGGUGUGGUGCUUGCUUCGUAGAUAUCAGACUUUGUUUGGAGUGGGGCCGUACGAAGGUAAUGGCUUCCAUGGGGCGCUGCCCCUAAACGUCUUUGAGGCGCUGAACAAGAACUUUGGCGUGACCUUUGAAUGUUUUGCCUCGCCUCUCAACUGCUACUUCAAACAGUUUUGCUCGGUGUUUGCCGACACCGACUGCUACUUUGGCUCCAGAGGUCCGUUGCUGGAUUUCCACCCAGUCAGUGGAUCCUUUGAGGCCAAUCCACCCUUUGGUGAGGAGCUCAUGGAAGCCAUGGUCGCUCAUUUUGAGCGGCUGCUUGCCAAUACAACGGAUCCGCUGUCUUUCAUUGUUUUCGUUCCGGAAUGGAGAAACCCGCCCACUGCCGCCCUGGUCAACAUGGAGCAGAGCAGGUUCAAGAGGAGACAGGAGAUUGUGUUAGCCUACGAGCACGAGUACCGCAGCGGAAGGCAGCAUUCCUGUUCAGUGGAGGAGAUGAACUAUCGUGCCGUCCACGGGACAGCCAUCUUCUUCUUGCAGAACGAGGCAGGCCACCAGAGGUGGACCCCAACGGACGAGAAGAUCCAGAUCCUGAUGGAAGCCUACCGGCCCAGUGAAGGCAAGGAGGGCCCUCCCAGGAGGAAACUGGCUAGCGAGUGGCCGGAAGUCAAUCGGAGGCAGCCCCCUACAGAAUCGCCCACCUACCGACCAGGAGCCCAGAAGAGGAGUAUGGACUCAGAGACGGACAGUGACCCUCCGGCAAAGAAGAGAGCCAGAGAAUGGAGCAGAACUGGUGACAACGGCGAUCCCCCGCCGAGGCGGAACGUCAGAGAUGACGGCCCCCUCGCAAGCCCUCUGGGUGGAUACAUUUCCGAGAAGGACAGGACCAGUAACGAUCAGAGAACACAGGAUGGAAACCACACAGACAAGUUCCAUGGAGAUCACCCAAGCAGCUCAAGACCAGGAACUGCAAGGAUUGUGAAGUGAAAACCUCUCUUAUCCAAAGCCUGCCAUCAGCCAAUGGCCACAUGACGUAAUGGGAGACCCAACCUCUGGGGUCUUAGUACGUAGAUUUCUUUUGAAUGACUCAAACGGCUCUCGGAUUCUCUUUAACUUCAAGCACUCUCCUCACAGUCUCCUAGUUGUUCAUCAGACAAAUGAGUACGCCAUGUCAGCGUGUCCUUCCUUGACAUUCACAUUGGGAAAGGUACCUAGUUAUGAAGCAGUUGGAAAUCCCAAGUUUGCCACACCAUGCAGUGUAAUGCAAGGGCCAAAAUGCGCAAAGUGCAGUGAAAAACGUUUACUCAAAUUUGGCCGGCGUCAUGUUCAAAAAUAUUUUCUGUGUGCUGUGUUAGCGAGCACAUUUUUGUUUCAUCUGGUAUUUGCUUAAUCUUCCUUGUGCGUGAGCUUAAUUCAAGGAGUCAUGGCUGAGAUUUGCACAAACUCUGACGGGUUUAAGUGUGCACUUGCAUUUUGCCAGAUGCAACAAAGCACUGUCAGAAUCUCGUUUGCUGGGGUCCUGCGGCCUUUUGAUGAGGCUUUUCUGGCCUGUGAAACCAUGCCCUGUCAAGUAGGUAUUUGCUGAAGAUCUCAGAAAGUAGAUUGUGAUCAUGUUAAAUGCAGACCUAGCAACCCAUAUUCUCCCAGAAUAUUCCGAUAGAAAUGCCAAGAGCUUGAGCCCAGUUAAUCCCCAUCGUUUACUUGAUAAAGUGUCAAUUGCCUGCUCCAAGGUUGACAUUUGUAAUUAUGCUAUGCUUUACUGACUGCAGUACUCUGAAGAUAUGGUUGGUGUCAAGCCUGCCACAUGUUCGAUAUAAGUCCACAAACCGAAGAAAUUCCUGAACGAUUUUGGCAAGCCAUGUUUUGACAGGAUUUGGUUGUGAAAGCAUGGACAAGAGGUACAUUAUGUUAGAGCGUUGUGCAGUCAUUAUGUCAGGUUAUCUCAUGAUGUUGACCUUUUGCCGCUGUCCAGUGUGUACUUCUGUUGAUUUGAGCCCUCGACAGUCGCGUUCAUACUCGGAUGUGAACGUGAACUCGAAUGCGUAAUGAUGACAUCAGGACAAGUAUUCACACUGUGAAUUUGCCAAAGUGAAACACUUUUCAAGUCAAGCGAUUUUCGCUGCAGGUGUUUGUGGCAUCAGAUUCAAUUUGAUUUCACUUGAAAUUUGAACUGUCCCCAACAUCCUCAUUGGUGGUAAUGCAAGUCGCUCAUAUUCUGAAAUGUUGCUGCGUAGCAUACUCCCAAAAACAUCAGAAACAGGAAAAUUUCUGCCAGUGACUAAAUUUUCCAGCUUGCAAAGGCCCUAUAUUUCAGCAUCCUGAACUUAUUUAGAUUUCCUGUCAGUAUUUUGCAAGGGCCAACACAAUCCAACAACAUAAAGUAGUAAACCCUGAUGAAUUUGGAUUUUGUUGGACUGGUGUUUUUUGUUUAUUUAGCAUGUGUACAUAAAAUUUUGUUUAUUCAAUUACGCAAAGUAUAUUUGGAGAAAUUUGCAAGUGUUGUAAAUUCCCACUUCAGGUUUUGUAAAUAAUGCAAUGGGAGUGUUUUCUCUGCGUCUGAAAAAUUUUCAGAACAAGAAGCAUGAGUUUCAAGCAAAACAUGAGCAAGGAAGUACUUGCGAAUUUCGCGUGAGACACCUGCUAACCAUUGCUCACCCAAACUGUGGUGGGUCCCUCCAAAGAAUGAUUGGUUGUACCCAUUCUGGUGAAAAAUCGCCAUACAUACAUUGUACAUGCUCACUGGACAAACAACAGUUUGAGUGGGCUACACAGCCGCUAAUGUUCCUGCAGCUUUUUUUUAUUGGAGUCGUACAACCAGGGAGUAGCUUGCAGAGUUCCACUGCCCAGUGUCAUUAAGAAUAUUUGUUGUUUCUCUCGUGCAAAGUAGGUACACGUUCCCAAGAAUGUUUACCUAUGGGCACUCACAUUAUAGGUGGAGUCAUACUUAGUUUGAAAGCACUCAGAGACUCCAAAUGGUGGCAUACAUUUAAGAUCAAAUAUACAUGUUGGGAAUUCACAGAAAGUUGAACCCACACAACCCUACUAGGCUUCACUGCUCAUGUAUCGCGACGUCAAAUUUGUCUUGCUCUUGCCCGAAGUACAAGUGCGAACCAGGUUUGACCAUAUAGCAGACUGCACUUUUUUUCUAGCAAAGUGCUCUCCAAAAUAAGAACAGGUGUGGUCCGAGUUCUGAGACACAUGUCCUACCUUCCUUUUACUGUAUAUUCGGAUAAUAUUAGAUCGUAUUUCAUCAUUGGGAAAAUUUUCUUUCUUAGAAAAACGAUGCACGGAAAGUAAAGAUACUUCUACAUUUUUUUUCUCUCUCUCAGCUUGCUGAUUUCAAUCUUUGGUUUUUAACUGGCACAGUUUUUGCUUUUGUUUUUUCCAGAAAAUGCCUGCCCCUGAACCAAACAAUAAUCAGUUGGAAGUAAAAUAGUUGGAUGUUCUGGUGUUAAUGCCAUCUUGUGUGAGUGGUUCUGUUUUAAUCUUGCAUAAAAUAAGAGUGCAUUUAAGUCAACAUUUUAGCUGGAAUUGUGUAAAUAUUGUACAUAAACCCCAAGAGAAUGUAUUUAAAAUAUAAAAAUUUUCCCAUAGCCCAAGGUCAUCUGGUGUAAGAACUCACUCUGAACUGAUUUUCAGCUUUAAUUUUAUGCCGAAGGAAUCCUUUUACAAAAUGACGGAAAAAAAAUCUUAAAUUUUUGUGAGGACAAAUCAAAGGAGAGAAAUUUCCCAAUUUUAGAUUAACUGUAUGGUGUUUUUACAUUGAAAAAGUCAUUCCCAAGGAUCAAAUUAAUUGCCUGAAUAAAUUUUUAACUUUUUUUUAAUUUGUGUACAUUGGUUUUUUUAUGGUUUAAUCUGUAACAAGUCGAGUUUGUAGCUGUGAAUGUGUUGUAAGACGAGCAGAACUGAUCAGUUGUAUUAAACAGCAGUGUCACAGUGCUCAGGUUUACCGAAUUAUAAGAUGGGGUGCUAAUGCAAGAAUCGAGCUGAAGUACCCAGAUUGCAUAGACUGAGGCCUAUGAAUGAGCAGGAGUAUAUAUGUUCACUAAGAGCCGCAAAAGUCCCGAGUCUGAAUCUUGUUUUUUAACCUUCCAUGAAAUCUGAAAAUAUUUGUUACGGAGGUGCCGGACUUCCUGCCCAUAAUUAAAAGACUAAGUAUUGGACAUCAGUGGUGGCUUUCUUAAGUUCUGUGCCUUUAUCUGGAUAAUGAGUUUUUUCAGUAUACCUGUGAAACUCGGGAAAAGGACACGUCUACCACGCUGUUUAACCGAGGGAUUAAAGCUGUGCUUAGAGAAGGGUCAAGAGGCCACCACAUUAUAGAUCUUGGGGUGCAUUUCAUUAACUUUCACAGGUUGAUAACAAAUGCAAAAUGUAUCAAACCAAUGACAGUUCCCUUGGGGGAAAAAUGGUCUCCGAUUUGACAGCACGGCAAAACAAUGCAGAGAACAUAUGAAUGCAAAUGAAGUGGGACGUAAUUAGUUAACCUGCAACUUUUAACGUUUUAUGAUCCAAGUGGCUGGUGAUAAACUGCUGGUCAAGCAAAUUACGCUGUGCCAUAAAUGUCUUGGAAUAUGGAAGAGGGACUAGGCACCACAGGCACAGCAAGGGGGCAUUUUCGACCCCCUGACCCAUCCCCUACUACCCCCCAAGAAAACGAGCGAAAAAAGGAAAAACUGAAUGAAAAUCAUCCAACUUGCUUUAAGAUACCUUGGAAUUGACCGUCAUCACCAUUGAGGGUUUGUCAGCUUGCUGCUGAUGGUGCUUUGCCCCCCCUCCCUCACCCCUGCCCCCUAGAAAGUGCUUUGUCCCCCCAUUCAAGCGAUGCCAGUGCUAGGUACUACUAGACUAUUCAGCUGAUGCCAUAGACAAACCUGGUGACCACAGUAACGCUAUCACUGGUCAUUGGCCGUGGAACCACAAUGGCACUUACGUAGUGUGAUUGAGAGAAGCUUAUGACAGUGGGUCCGCGCAAGACCCAACAUAAUGCUUUCUGUCAUUAACAGAAGCCAUCGGAAAUGCCUAGUGAAAAGAGUUAACAGAAUCAGGAAAUUUACAGUGUAUGUAGACUAGCGAAUGGGUUUAUGUGGAUUGACACCUUGACAUCUUCAGUUUCCGGCCAUGCAGUAUUUUAUAUUUACUCCCGUACUUUUUCAAACUUGUGCUAAAGAGCCUGGAAUUUUUCGACUUAAAUGCAUUUACUCAAUUUGAGUAUGUCAUGUUUGUCCAGUGUAUUAUCGGGAUAAACAUUUUUGGAAAUUGUAAAUACUGGAUUGAUACUGCAUUGAUAAUAGUAUCAUUUUAAAAAUCUUUUGGUCACUUCCUGACUGAUUUGCUUGGAUUUUGAAGUAUUUCUUUUGUAAGUAGCAUUUUGUGUACACCACACAGUUCUUUUCUUUUAAUGGAUACAUUAUACGACUGUCAUCAUUUCAUUUCAUGCAGUACAUUUCUGCUGGUCAUUCAGACAGAUUGUAGACCUGUAGUACUCAUGAAAAAAAAAGCCAGGUAUUCAUAGCUAAUAAACUUGUGUGAGAUUAUUUUUGGGGGAGGACUAUUGGAGUAGUAAUGCAUGAAUAUAAUUAAAUAUCAGAUUGUUUUGAUAUGAAUUGCCAUCAAAAUAUUUUGAGCGUGACACAUGAAUUGUUUUCACAUAACUUUACCACGUUUAAAAUACAAAAUGAGAAAAACACGCUGGUAUAUCCACGAGAAAGCACAGCACAAAGACAUUUUGAAAUCAAAUUUGGCACAACUCAAUAAAGAAAGAUCGCCAUGAUGAAAUAUCA